AUGACUUUCUUACGUUUUGGCCUGAUUGCUUUUUGUAUCCAAAUACUUGCUAUCAACUGUGAUAACUGCAGCUUCACUGAAGAAGUUAUAACUUCUGCAUCAAUAAAUUUGUUUCCAACAGAAUGUGAAACUGUUUAUGGCAAUAUACUAAUCGAUCAAACUUCUAAUGUUUCUGAAAAACAGUUAACCUCAGCAUUCAAAAAUAUAAAAACUUUGUACGGAAACUUGAAAGUGUAUCAGACAAAUUUCAAGAGCGGCAAGUUUCUGGAAAGACUUCAAACUAUUGAAUGUGACGAAGAUGGUUUCUUCAGCUGGGAGUCUAACGAGGAAUUGAUUGAAAUUGGAAUGACAAAUCUAGUGAGAUGUUCUUGUCAAAUAGAUUUAUCCAUAAAUUACAAAAUGACAAGGAUCAACUUGCCGAAUUUAAAGAACUUUACAUCCUCGAAUCCAAAUGUCACAAAGCAAGUCGAAAUGCUCAUUUACGAAACGUCUCCGGAUUGUUGCAUUACCAGUGAAGAAAUUUCAAACUUCAUUAUCAAUGACAACUUGUUCAUGAGUUCACUCCCUACCAGAUUCUGUCCAAUCACUUCAAAAGUUAUCAAUGGAGAAAAAGUGUGUGUGUUCCAAAAUAGUUCAGUGACGAAGGGAAGAUGGCUGUGUUAGAGUUGUCGGGAAAAUCACAGUCACAAAAGGAGAUGAGGAGCAUGUUCAAAAACUGAAAUCACUGAAGUGGCUCUACGGAAGUAUUGACAUAAGUUAUACAAAUCUUGAGGUCGUAGAUUUUUUCGAUAAUUUAGAAUACAUUGCUAUUCUUGAUACGUUUGGCGAUUCUUUAAGUGUCACUGAUAACCUUCAACUAACACAUUUUUAGCUGCCAAAGCUACAACGUGUUCGCGGAUCUCAGGUUUACAAUAAUAAAAAUAAAUGGGCAGAGAUUGGAGCUAACCACGAAAAUUUAACAGAGAACCUAAUAAACGAGCCAAACGAUACCGUGUUGUAUCUGAUGUUAAUUAAUUAUAAACCUUGUCACGAGAUUAAAAAAGAGUUUAUGGAAAAUGGUUUCAAAAGUGAUAAUUCUUCUUCCAUAGUGUCUGCAACAUUUCUUUGA